CCUUUUCAAAGAGUGUGAGGACAGAAAAGUGGUCGAGUAUCGAGGGAAAUAUGCACUGGUCAGUUCUUUGGAGCGCACUGGGCAAGUGCCACUGCCUGUCUCAUCUGCGUGGUUUGGUUCAUGAAGGUCGUGAUGUCGUUAAUUCAUGGAUGUCCCAGGCGAAAACUUGUUCAAUUAUGUCUGUUGCUAUGCAUUGUGAAGUGCAAGGUCGUGAAAGAGGAGAAAGGGCUCGACUUCUGUUUACUCGUUUUACCGCAUCUGUCGUCGAGGCCUGUUCGCUGCUCUCAUUGGUCCGACGCGUCACUCGACGCGCAGAUAAAACAAUUUCCACAGCAGAAAAGCUACAGUUCACUUUUAGAAACACACACUCUUAAGAAGAGAUCGCGACAUGGUGUUGUAUUUUCAUUACAAGCUGCGGGAGACUGGUUCCCUUUCGGCACAACAUAAUGUCACCCAGGUGGUAUCUCUAGUGUAGCUGGGCUUAGAACGCCUCACA